AUGUGGUCUGAAGGGUAUGACUAUGAAAGGCUCCCAAGAGAAAGAGGGCCUCCUUGGAAUCACAACAGAGAUGAAUCUGGCUAUCGAUGGAGUAGAGAUGAUCAUUCUGCGAGCCGACAGCCCGAGUACAGGGACACAAGAGAUGGUUUUAGAAGAAAAAGUUUCUACUCUUCCCAUUAUUCGAGGGACCGUUCUCCCCAUAAAAGGGAGUCUCCAUUUUUCAGAGAGUCACCUGGAGGUCGAAAGGACUCUCCACACAGCAGAGCUGGCUCCAGUGUCAGCAGCAGAGACUACUCUCCAGAACGGAGCAAGCCAUAUUCAUUCCACCAGUCUCAGCAUAGAAGUAAAGAGAGAUCUGCUCAGUCCUUGAAAACAUCACGAGACACUUCACCUUCGAGCUCUUCAGCAGUUCCUUCAUCAAAGGUGUUAGACAAACCCACUAGGUUAACCGAAAAGGAACUGGCUGAGGCUGCAAGCAAGUGGGCUGCGGAAAAGUUAGAGAAGUCGGAUGAGAGUAACUUGCCUGAAAUUUCUGAGUUUGAGACGGUACCUGCUGCACCAUUAUUCAUUGACCAGCCAGAGGAACCUGAGUCGAACACAACCAACGGGAUAGAAUUAUUUGAAGACAGUCAGCUAGACAGUCGCUCUAAAGCAAUAGCAUCAAAACCAAAGAGAUUGACAGGUUUACCGCAAGACUGUGAAACCUUCGGGAUGGUGGUGAAAAUGCUGAUUGAAAAAGAUCCUUCAUUAGAACAGUCGAUACAGUUUGCACUGAGGCAGAAUUUACAUGAAAUAGGUGAGCGGUGUGUUGAAGAACUGAAGCAUUUUAUUGCAGAGUAUGAUAAUUCUGCUCAAGAUUUUGGAGAGUCUUUUUUGAAAAAUUAGUGUUCAGGCAAAAUGUAACCACCCUCCCUCUACCACCUCUGGAUUUGUGUAAAUCCUUAAUGUAUGAAACUUUUGUGAUGAAGAGAAAUACUUUAUUUGGCUACAUUUCCAAUUCAGUUUAAACAUCUAAAAUAGUCCUUUAAAGAUAUUUUAAUUAUAUUUUUUUCCUAAACAUGAAGCCAGGCCAUACCCCCACCUCCCAAAAUGGCUAAUUUACU